GGGCGGCGCGGUGGCGGCAAGUGGGAUCCAAUCCCCGCUGUGGGGUAAACUGGUAUCAAGGCUGCCCUAUUGUUGGUCUUAAAAAAUGAUCCUUCGUAAUGAUACUGAGGAACAGGGGGUACGAGGCUUGCAUGAUAAUGCCUUUGUCAGAGAAACAUCAAUGAUCAUCGCCUUUUGUCUCAUUUUCCCUUCUUCAUUUUUCAUUUCAUUUCUUUUGUUUGACUUUGCUUUUUCUUGUGGUGGGGGCCGGAAUGGGUGGCUGCUUUGGCGUUUUUCUUCUUUUGAAUUGACUGCCAUCAGCCCAUGCUUUGCACGGUUGCACUUUGUGCUACCAUGGCUCUGCUAUCUCGAUGUACCAUCAAAGUACCAUAGAUCUCAUCUUAGAUGCAUGGACCCUUUGAAAUCGGAAUAUAAGUUUAUGAAUAGGGUCAGAUAUCCAGCAAGAGUGAGGUUUCUGAAGUUUCUUCUCUUAGUGUAGGACGAAAACCAGCGGCUCAAUCAAAUUGACUAAAACAGUCAUUUUCACGACUGUUUGGCCCUGCUCUGAGCCAUUAUUAAAACCAAUCAAUUUUUCUUGGCUGAUAGCCUGGAAGCUGCCUGGACUCUUCUGUGCAGGUAAGCCCGUCCCGUGUAUCUGACUCUCGAGAUGGCCUGACUGUCUAGGACCGGCCGAAUCCUGUCCGAAUCCUGAGCGUCGAUGGGAAUACAACCUUCCUAUGUGGACUUCGUUAGAUCGUUCCUGGCAUGUCAAACGUCCUGCCGUAUAUGG